AUGUCUGGCCAACAAUAUCUGAAUGUCAUCUCCGAGAAUGCGUCGCGACUGGGCAUGCGCCUGCAGGAGACCUUCUCGGAACACACACGCGAGCUGACGCUCGCGCGGGGGUCGGCGGUAUAUCUAGAAGGCGGGGAGGACAAGACGAAGAAUAUACGGAAGCAACUCGAGUCGAGCAGCGAAAGGGAGAAGCUGGAUGCGAUGAAGAGGAUCGUCGGUCUGAUAUCAAAAGGCCGCAACGCCUCCGAAUACUUUGCCGCCGUUGUGAAGAACGUCGCAUCUCCGAACCUCGAGACACGCAAGCUCGUGUACAUCUACCUCCUGAGGUACGCGGAGCACGAACCCGACCUCGCACUGCUCUCGAUCAACACCUUCCAACGCGACCUUGGCGAUUCCAACCCCCUCAUACGAGGCAUGGCGCUAAGGGUGCUUAGUGGGAUCAAGGUCCCGAUGGUGGGCAGUCUGGUCGUACUCGCGAUCAAGAAAUGCGCGGCAGACGUGAGUCCGUAUGUGAGGAAGUGUGCGGCCCUGGCGGUACCUAAGUGUUAUGAACUUGACUCUGCUCACCUCCCUGCUCUCAUCCAAAUCAUAACCACCUUGCUACAAGACAGGUCCCCACUCUCCCUCGGUGCAGUUGCAGUCGCUUUCGAAGCCAUAUGCCCAACACGACUUGACCUUCUCCACGUACAUUACCGACGGCUGUGCAAGAUUCUCGUGGACAUAGACGAAUGGGGCCAGGUGGAGAUGAUAAACUUGCUGCUGCGGUACGCACGGACGAUGCUGCCCCAGCCAGUGGUACGUGGUGGGUCAGUUGUUGCCGAAGGAGGCGAAGCAACGAGCAAGGGGGAUGAUGAUGAGGACGAAGUGGACAAGGACUUGAAGUUGCUUUUGGAUUCUGUCAAGCCGAUCUUUCAGAGUCGAAACCCUGCUGCCGUGUUGGCUGCGACAAAAGUGAUAUUUUACGGCGCACCACCGUCGUACUGGCAUCUCUUCGUGCACCCCUUGAUGCGCCUGCUUUCAACGUCCAAAGAAGUCGAAAGGAUCGUGCUCGUGGAUCUGCUCAUAAUCACGAAACAGGCCCCACAACUAUUUUCUCCGUACUACACCAGGUUCCUAGCCAGGUCGGAUGACUUGACGCAAGUCAAGAAGGACAAGAUACGAUUAAUGCUGAAUGUGCUGACCAUCGACAACUAUUCAGCCAUCAUGCGGGAGUUGAUCGACUACGCGGACGAUGUGGAUGACAGCGUCGUUUCAGAAGCCAUCCUUGGAUUAGGAAAAUGCGCCACCCGCAUUCCUGAGUCUGUACAGCAAUGUCUGACCUCGUUGAUCACGAUGAUCAAGAGUCGAUAUGACAUCGUUGUUAGCAGCGCCGUCCAGGUCCUGAAGCACCUCGUUCAGACACAACUAUCAGCACAAACGCCCCUAGCAUUUGCCAGCACAUCCCAAUCGCCUCUUUCCAUCAUUGCACACCUAGCAAGACGCAUCGACGACAUCAAGCACGAACAGGCGCGAGCAUGUGUUGUCUGGCUUGUUGGACAAUAUGGUGCCUCAGACGAGAAAGGGCCUGGCCCGGAGGGCAUAGCGGAGUGGGCUCCUGAUGUCCUCCGAAAGCUGGCCAAAUCGUUCGCGCAGGAGGCACCGUUGGUGAAGCUUCAGGUAGUGACGCUGGCUGCGAAGCUUUUUGUGCUUUCACCUGUGGAUAGGACGUUGGGGUUGCUCGUGCGAUACGUGUUUUCGCAGGCGAGAUACGACCUCAGAUAUGACAUAAGGGAUCGAGGGAGGAUGCUGUCGACUCUUCUUGCGGGUGUUGGACUAAGAAUGAACGGGGAAGAGGAGGAGGAGCGAAGUGGCGUGGUACUGAGAAGAGAGCAGGUCAAGGUUGUCCUAUUCGAGGGCAAAGCUGGGAUGGUGGAGGAUAAUUCGAGCUACUUGGAUGACGAAAAAGUGCUUCUGGGCUCAUUGGGCGGAGUGACGGGGCGGUCGAUGCGGAUGGACGAUGUGCUCCCGGACUGGUUGGAGAAGGGCGUGGAGAAUUCCUUGCGGGACUCGGAAUACGAUGCUCCACCUGCACCGCCCGCGCCCACUGCAUUGUCUUCUUCUGGGCAGGUGCAGAUGAAGGGCAAACUCCCCGCGUCUUCACCAAUUGUAUUGACCCCCACCGGGCCUGGUUCAAGACCCGACUCAAGAACCGGUGGAAAGGGACCAUGGACGGAUUUGGAUUCGUUUUAUGCCGAGGAUGAUGACAAGGAGGACGAGGAGUCUGAAGAAGAGGAAAGCGAAGAAGAAGAAAGCGGUAGGGAAGAGGAGGACAGUCAGGAAUGUGCUGAGGAAGAGAGCGACGAAGAGGAAGAGGACGAGUCUGGGGGGAGGACAAGCAUGGGCAGGCACAACCUCUGA